GAUACAUUGUUUCAUCAGCGCGAGCGGCGUGUUUGAUCGCGACACUGUCCGAGUUCCGCCGCUGCGCUCCUCACCUUUACACUGCAGCGAUUCACGAGCUCUAUUAAUGGCGUUUAGUUGCUCUCUUUGUGUAGUAUCAACACGUUACCUCCCGAAAUGUUUAACAUAAGCUCAGGCGCAGUUUCAAGCGAUUAAAGACGCGUAAAAGUUUUUCAUAUCGGCUCAUUCAUCAAAAGUUCGCUGCUGUCUGGUUUAAAAUAAAGUAUCUUGUUAUGCGCUUGUUUGUGUUUGAACAACUUUCUGUCGUUUUAAGGGAUCGUGUUAUCAUUAUAACAGUGUUAACGUGCAUUAGUGGGAACUUUGUGGCUUCCGAGGAACAUAUGGCAUAAAGACACAGCUGGAGGUAAGAAGCUGAUGUCAGAGCAGCUGACUACACACACACACACACACACACACACACACACACACACACACACACACACACACUCUCUCUCAUUCUGCUCACAUGGACUCGAGAUAGAGACUUGCGUUUGGUCUGCUGGUGCUGUGGAAGUGUUCUUAUGCUUCAGUUUCUGAUGUGUGUCAUGUUUUAUGAAGGUUUUGUUUGUGCAUGACUGGAUUUACUCAUUCAAUGCUGCUGUUUGAAAGGAAGCGCUCAAACUAAAGACCAACUUCUCUAAACACUCAUAUAAUAAGGUCACAGAAAUAAGAAUGGAGUUCCCAGACCAUAGCCGGCAGUUGCUGCAGUGCCUGAGUCAGCAGAGGCAUCAAGGUUUCCUCUGUGACUGCACCGUCCUCGUCGGAGAGACUCAAUUCAGAGCGCACCGGGCCGUUCUGGCCUCCUGCAGUAUGUACUUCCACCUCUUCUACAGGGAUCAGCUGGACAAAAGGGACGUUGUGCUUCUGAACAGCGACAUUGUGACGGCGCCAGCUUUCGGCUUGCUUCUUGAAUUUAUGUAUGAGGGCAAACUGGAAUUCAGCUCGUUGCCCAUCGAGGACGUCUUGGCCGCCGCCAGCUACCUGCACAUGUACGACAUUGUGAAAGUGUGCAAAGGAAAGUUAAAGGACAAGGACCUGAGCUUCCUGGAUGAGAAGAUCGGAGAUGGGAUGGUCACGAGCGGUUUGGAUAAGGGAAAUUGUGCUGAAGCGCGCUGGCACGCGCCGCAGGCCCCCCAGAGAGCUGCCACGGCAGACAACUGUGACAUGGACAACGGUGACGCGAGCCCUGCUGUCACAGAUUGUGAUAGGCCCGUGCAGAAGGCGAACGGUCACCCUGGCGGGUCCCCGGACCUUGUAGGUGUCAAUUAUGUGUCAGCAGAGGGCGACCCUUGUGUCCAAACAGCUGGAAAAACAAAAGCUGAUGUCAGGAGUUCAGCCAUCGGCUUGUCCCAGAGGUCCCGGGCGGUGGAUGACAUGGACUGCGCUUUGGAUUUGUCUUUCAAGCCUCUGUCGAGCCGAGACGGCUUCCACCCCUCCUUCCUCUCGGGACAGCUGGCCCUCGACAGCCAGCAGCAGGCCACGGAGCCACUUGUUAAAGACGAACACGACUUUCUGUCAGAGCAGGAGGACGGCGAGCCCGUGAGCCCCGUGAGCCGGCGCUUUGGGAAUAGCGCCAGGAACUCAGUGGUGACAGGGUUCGCUGCCCUCUUCCCCGGCAACAACGGCCCGAACGCGGACGACGACCUGAUGGAGGGGGAGGGCCGGCGCGAGGAGGGGCCUCCCCCCGGCCGGUUGCUCGGAGACAGCGAGGGGGAAGACGAAGACGAUCUGGCGUCCUCGGACAUCUCGACGUCCAGCGGCGUUCUGUUAUCCGGCGGCCAGCAAGUGUGCGUGUGUCCGCUCUGCAGCAAAGUCUUCCCGAGCCCGCACGUGUUGCAGUUGCACCUCAGCUCGCACUUCCGCGAGAAAGACGGGGUGCGUUCCAAACUCUCGCCCGACGGAUCCGUGCCGACGUGCUCGCAGUGCGGCAAGACGUUCUCCUGCAUGUACACGCUAAAGCGGCACGAGCGCACGCACUCCGGCGAGAAGCCCUACACGUGCGGCCAAUGCGGAAAGAGCUUCCAGUACUCGCACAACUUGAGUCGGCACGCCGUCGUGCACACGCGCGAGAAGCCGCACGCGUGCAAGUGGUGCGAGCGACGCUUCACGCAGUCUGGGGACCUGUACCGGCACAUCCGGAAGUUUCACUGCGGCCUCGUGAAAACCCUCACGAUUGGAUAGUCACUCAAACACUGUGGCUUCAUUAAACUCAUUGCAAUGAAGUAUUUAAUCACGUCCUUUGAUAUAAAAACAAUAAACGUACUCAAAUAAUAUAUUGUUACUAGUAAUAACAAUCCAGUAUUUAGCGUUUGGCAGAGACACGGAUUUCCGUCUAAUAUAAAAAUGAUUCAAAUUUGACCCCUUCACAGAGAAGCUUGAAGUCUUUCUGUAUGUCCUCAAUUUAACUGUUCUUGAAGUAAACAAAUGCAUAUUUAAUUUAUUCAGUUAUACUCUGUUUUUGAGAUUUUAGGGGAAUCUGAUGGUGUGAUUUAUGUUUUUAAGUGGAUCUAACGAAGGGUUUUGUCAUUAAAAUGUAUCAGUUCUGCACUUGGCGUCGUUAUAAGUGACAUUGCCUGUUAAAGUCCUACUUCAGUUUUCCUUAAUAAUAACUUAAAGACAAAUGAAGGACGAGUUAACACUGAUUCCGCUAGUGCUAGUGGUUCUACUGGUUUCACUGGAACACGUCUCUGUUGUUUCUCUUCUCUGUAAACAUGGUUGAACAGUUUGACUCCGUUUGGAUUUCAGGGGAACUUUAAGGUCAGAAUGGCUUGAACCUCUGAGACAAUGUUUCCUUUUCAUUAUUUCAUGUUGUCAGUGGAUUGAAGAAGUCGAGAUGAAGAAACGUGUACGUUUGUAUAGUAACGCUUACUGCUGUAUGUUUAUCAGUCCUGAGAAAACUUGAUUAGAGUUAUUUAUUAGUUUGUUCUUUCUGGUUCAGGGUUUACUGUAGACAUUUUAAAGUAGAGAACGUACCGUGCUGGUUGGGAGAAUCGAUCGCCGCAUGUGCCGAUCUGGAUGUAUCAUCUCGUGUAGAUAAGCCAUCGUAAAUGAAGUUUGACUUCACCGAUGCUAACAAGCACUUCCUUUGAACAUAGUUUCUAGAGACGACACUGAUAUACUGUAGGCUGCUAUUUCUAACUGUAUAUUUAUUUUAAAAAAUUUAAAAAAAAUGUAUUUUAUUUAUAAGAUCAUGGUCACAUUUUCAUUUGGACUUUAGUACGACUGAGGUCUCGUUAAAGCUGCGACGCUUCCUGUUAACUGGAGAGUCUGAGUCUUCCGAUUGUAGCCGAGACGACGACGACGUUUGUCGUUGUUUAACGAGAUCAACUAACCGUGCCGUUACAGCGGGAGUCGAGAGAUACUGUAACGGUAAAUGUGAAACGUAUGAAAUGACGCAGCGACGUUUGUCCGAGACAUUUCUCGAGGAACCGUCCUAAACGGCGGGAUGUGCGCUCGGUCAUUUUAAGAUUUACCUAUUUCAAUUUCAUAACGAACUGAAUUGUCAUCUUUUAUACAGUUUUUAAAGUAGUAUUAAUUUAGUUAAACACUUAGAAUUUGAUUAUUAAAAUUUUUUAUUACAUUUUUUUUGGGUAUUUGUGUUAUGAAAUUUAAAUGUGUAAAUCUUAAAAAUAAGCAUGCAUAUAUAGAUAGAUAUAUAUAUGUUUUUUUUGGGGUUGUCGGCAUGUAAAACCACAUAUGCAUCAACACGUGCAUUGAUUAUCUGUUUUCAAUGAUGCAAUUAAGUUUGUGCACUGGACUGCUGCAUGCUUGCACCGUGAACGAUGAUUUUGUUGCACAAAACAAGAUUUCACAGGCCGGUAAUUUAGAAGAUAUUAUUAAAGAUAUUUGCAAAUUCUCUGUUUUUGAGAGAACAUGCCGAAAUGUUGGGAGUUUCUCUCUUAUUUACAUACUCGUUACAGUAUGUACAGUGAUGACACAUGCUGUCGUUCAACCGCGCAUUAAUUGCACCUGUCGCAAUAUAUUUACUCAUGGUGGGUCUUUACAUACUUAAGCCGUCAACAUCCGUAAAAGCCAACAUAUAUGAAUGCAAUAAUGAACAUUUAUAUACUUCAGAGGCAUGUGAGGUACAGGACGGGUCAUGUGACUCAUUUUUUUGGGAUUGUGCUGCCGAUAUUGACACAGUUCUCAGUUCAGUCUGCGGCACAACAGCCGUAUGACACCUGGAUAAAUGUCUUCUAAAGGUUCAAACUGUGAAAUUGUAUAAUCAGAAGUCAUAUUUAUUGAUUUGUUUCUUGUGCAAAAUGUUACUGUACUAUAUCAGAAUUUCGACUUGAACGAUACUAAGUGAGAACUUUUUACUAGACUUUGUAGAAGUGCCAUUAUAUGUAAUAUACGUUUUUGAUAUAAAACAUAUUUUAUAGGAAACAAAUGAUUCAUUGUUAGUGAAUGUAGAUGACAAUCUGUUCGAUCUGAACUUGCUUCUUUGGUAAUUUAUUUAGAUUUUCUGGCAUUUUGUUUGUGUGUUUGUUUGCUUUCUUUGGGCACAUUUGACCUUUUGUGUUUGUGCUGUGAAAAUGUGACAAUCUUUCAUCUUUAUUUCAAAUAAGAAUAGAUUAAACAACCUUUUCUGUGGAAUCGUUGUGUUUGUCUUUUGAAAUGAUACAUUUACAUUUAUGCAUUUGGCAGAUGCUUUUAUCCAAAGUGACUUACAGAGCACUUAUUACAGGGACAAUCCCCCCGGAGC